AUGGAAUACUUCACUAAGUGGCCAGAAGCCUUCGCCAUUCCAAAUCAAGAAGCUUCAACAGUUGCAGAUAAACUAGUUCAUGAAGUCUUCUGUCGUUUUGGAGUACCUUUAGAGAUUCACAGCGAUCAAGGAAGGAAUUUUGAGUCUCAAAUAUUCCAGGAAACUUGCCAAGUUAUGGGUACUCAGAAAACACGAACAACUUCUUACCACCCACAAUCUGAUGGAAUGGUAGAAAGAUUUAAUCAGACAUUGGAGAGGUACCUAGCAAAAGUUGUGGAAAAACGGCAACGAGACUGGGACAGGCACAUACAACCGUUUUUGUUGUCAUAUCGAAGCGCUGUUCACGAAAGUACAUCAGUGACACCAGCUUUCGCAAACUUUGGCAGAGAAUUGCGGCUGCAUGCAAACCUGAUCACCGGAAUACCACCUAAUGCCCCACGCAGUAUAACCGAUUAUGCAAAUGACUUGCGGAACAAAAAGGAUUAA